AAUGAGGAUCGUGAAAGACUGAAAGUCGAAUGAAGUCUUUCACAAUCGGGCAAUGAUCUUAAUGUAUAAUAUAAACACCAUAGAGAAUAGAUAUGCACUUCAGAUGUCCAAGUUUUCCAAAAACCUUUUUCUCUAGUGCCUAUUUGGUUGGCUUAAUUUCCCAUGGCUACCAAAGGCUUGUCCGAAGCAUCUUCUUCCAGAUCAAAAUCGAAAUAUGAAGUGUUCCUAAGCUUCAGAGGUGAAGACACUCGAAAGAAUUUUACCGAUCAUCUCUACGCAACUUUGCUAAGUGCUGGAGUGAAUACCUUCAGAGACGAUGAUGAACUCGCAAGGGGCAAAGACAUCUCCUCAGAGCUGCUCAAGGCGAUCCAAGAAUCAAAAGUUUCUUUGUUGGUGUUUUCAAAAGGCUAUGCUUCUUCCAGGUGGUGCCUUAAUGAACUUGUUAAUAUUAUCAACUGCAAAAAUACAAUAGGCCAGAUUGUUAUUCCAAUCUUCUACGAUGUUGAUCCAUCUCAUGUUCGAAAUCAGACCGGAAGUUUUGCAAAAGCGUUUGCUAAGCACGAAGAACGUUUUGAAGCAGAUACGGAGAUGAUUAAGAGCUGGAGAACAGCUCUUACAGAAGCUGCAGAUUUAUCUGGUUGGGACCUCCAAAACGUUGCAGACGGACAUGAAUCAAAGUUUAUCCAAAAGAUUGUGGAAGAUGUCCUCAGGAAAGUAAACCGCAGUUACUUGCAUGUUGCCACUCACCCAGUUGCUAUAGAAUCCCGCGUCAGAAGGGUGAUGGAAUUUUUAAGCAUCGGAUCGGAUGAAGUUCGCAUAAUGGGAAUCUAUGGAAUGGGUGGCGUAGGUAAGACCACCGUUGCCAAAGCUGUCUACAACUCUGUCUGUGAUGGAUUUCAAUUUGAUGGAAGCAGUUUCCUUUCAGAUAUUAAAGAUAACUCUAAGCAACCUAAUGGUCUUGCUAGUGUACAACGGCAACUCCUUUCUGAUAUCCUGAAUUUGAAAAGUGUUAGUAUAGAUAAUGUUGACAGAGGAAUCAAUUUGAUCCAGGAGAGGCUUCGCUACCGAAGAGUAUUUAUUGUUCUUGAUGAUGUGGAUGAUUCAACACAACUGAACUCAUUGGUUGGAGACCGGAAGUGGUUCGGUCUAGGAAGUAGGAUUAUUGUUACAACAAGAGAUGAACGUUUGCUUACUGAAUUAGAGGUGGAUGAGAGCUAUAAGGUAGAAGAAUUGAAUCCUGAGGAAUCUACCCAGCUUUUCAGUUGGCAUGCGUUUAGGAGGCCUAAUCCCAAAGAUGGUUACUUCCAACUUUCCAAGAGUGUGGUGGAUCAUGUUCAAGGACUUCCCCUAGCUCUUGAAGUUUUGGGGUCUUAUUUGUUUAAAAGAAGCCAGCUUGAAUGGGAAAAUGUGGUUGAAAAAUUACGACAAAUACCUCAUGACCGAAUUCAAAAGAAGCUUAGGAUAAGUUUUGAUGGACUAGAUGAUCAAAUGAAGGCUAUAUUCCUUGAUAUUGCAUGCUUCUUUAUUGGGAUGGACAAAGAAUAUGUCAUGAAAAUACUAGAUGGCUGUGGCUUCUUUCCAGAAAUCGGUGUUAGUGUUCUCUUGGAGAGGUCCCUCAUAACAAUCGACCAACAUGAUCAUAAGCUAAAAAUGCAUGACCUACUUCGAGACAUGGGAAGAGAGAUUGUCCGUGAAGUAUCACCAUAUCUUAUCGGAAAACGCAGCAGGCUGUGGCUUCAUCAGGACGUAGUAAACGUACUACAAACACACAUGGGAACUAAAGCAGUGGAAGGUCUUAGCCUAGAUGUAUCAGCCAGAUCAGAAGAUGUCAUCGUGAGCACUGAAGCAUUUGCAAAGAUGACCUUUUUAAGAUUGCUGAAAAUCAAUUCCGUACGUUUCACCAGUGGGUGCUAUGAAAAAUUUUCCAAAGAAUUAAGAUGGCUUUGUUGGCAUGCAUGUCCUCUACAAGUUUUACCGCCCAAUCUUCAUCUGGACAAUCUAGUUGUUCUCGACUUGAGGUUUAGUAAUUUCAACAAAGUUUGGAAGGAGACAAAAUUUCUCCACAAGCUGAAAAUACUAGAUCUCAGCUAUUCACUCUACCUUGCGGAGACACCCGACUUUGCUAGACUCCCAAGUCUGGAAACACUUCAACUUGAAGGUUGCAGAAGUUUAAUUAAGGUUCAUCAAUCCAUUGGGAGUCUGGAAAGACUUGUGUGCUUGAAUUUGGCAGCGUGCAAAAACAUUAGGGAACUUCCAGACAGCGUUUGCAACUUAAGAUCUCUUGAGACCCUAAAUCUCAGUGGUUGCUCCAAACUUUGCAGUUUUCCAGAGCAUUUGGGAAAGUUGGAAGCUUUGAAAAAUCUUUCUGCGAAUGGAUCUGCUAUUACUUAGUUACCUAUUUCCUUCG